AAGACACAUUCAAAAUACUUUCAUUAUAUUUCAAAUGAUGACUACCGUUAAAAAUGAUGGAUCCACCAAGUUACCAAACAACUCCUUCUUAAAGUUCUUCACUAGUGAAAAAUAAAAAUAACACUGCUCAUAAUUUGCCAACAUACUCCCGAGUGUCCGAAUCACAUGUGAAAGCUUAGCUGCCUCCUACGCUUCUCUGACCAUUCUGGUAAUUUCAAAGAUCCGCACCAACUUAAAUGAAAAAUAAGAAUAAGAAAAUGAAAAAGAACCUUAACACAUUCAUCAAUGCCUUCCCCAUUAAACGCCGAUUUCGGAUCCAAUCUCCCCCGCUCCUCUCGCCCUCUGCCCCCAAAAUGUCCGUAACACAUCUGCUCAUACUCACUCUCACCGUCACACUCCUCUCCCAAAUCACCGCGCACUACCACUCUGAUUCAUCUUCAUUCUCGUCUCAUUCCUCGUCGCUCUCCCAGUGGAGAUCCGCGCGCGCCACCUACUAUGCCGCCGCGGACCCCCGGGACGCGGUGGGCGGAGCCUGCGGCUACGGCGACCUGGCGAAAGCCGGAUACGGCCUGGCCACGGUGGGCCUGAGCGAGGCCCUGUUCGAGCGCGGCCAGAUCUGCGGCGCGUGCUUGGAGAUCCGGUGCGUGGACGACCUGCGGUGGUGCAUCCCUGGCACGUCCAUCAUCGUCACCGCCACCAACUUCUGCGCCCCCAACUACGGGUUCCCGGCCGACGGCGGAGGCCACUGUAAUUCGCCCAACGAGCACCUUGUUCUCCCCAUUGAAGCCUUCGAGAAGAUCGCUAUAUGGAAGGCCGGCAACAUGCCUGUUCAGUAUCGCAGGAUCAAAUGCCGGAGGGAAGGUGGGAUUCGAUUCACAGUUGAUGGUUCGGACAUCUUCAUUUCUGUUCUGAUUGGCAAUGUUGCUGGGGCUGGAGAUAUCGUGGCCGUCAAGAUUAAGGGGUCGAGAACCGGAUGGCUCCCAAUGGGUAGGAAUUGGGGACAGAAUUGGCAUAUAAAUGCAAAUUUAAAGAAUCAAGCUCUUUCAUUUGAGCUCACUAGUAGUGAUGGGCGUAGUGUUACAUCUUACAGUGUAGCUCCCAAGGAUUGGAAUUUUGGGCAGACCUUUGAAGGUAAACAGUUUGGACCUUAAAGUGCCAUCAAAUUGAAAAGAGUUUUAUGGGUGUUGGAAGUCCCAAUUUUCUUUCUUCUUUUUUUCGUCUUGGUUUUUUCCCUCGGCUGAUUGGGUUCAAGAUGAGUGGGCGAAGUGAAAAUUUUUAGGAUACAGUAAAUGCUAGAGCACAGAUGAUGCGAUGGAUGUUCAUAUUAGACACUUUGUAAUCUAUUUACGAUUAAGAGUUGUUUGGCAAUAUAUGUAUAUUCCCCAAAUGAAAAAUGCUUGGUGACAUGGGGCCUGAUGAAUGUUCAUAUUAGACACUUGGCAAA